CAACGCCGACAACUCACCACCACAACCAUGGCGUCGAAUAUUGAGCAGUCACAAUUCUUCCAGCAACGGAGAGCUAAGGAAGAACUGAUAGUGAAGGAUCCUCCCAAGUUCGAUCUUGAAUCAUACAUUGCCAAUUAUGCUGGUCACACGCGAAUCGACCGACUCCAUCACAUCGGCUCUCAUUCGCCCUACCUCGCUCUCGAUGCGUAUCGCCUAGCGAUCACAGAGGCAAAGCAGGGCAAGAACGUCAAUCUUUACCUACAGCUGGUAGGGGACGUUAGCGGGAUUGCGCCUCAAGACCCCGCGGCUUUGACGGACACAUCAUGGGCAGAGAAGAAGACACAAGAGAACCAGCGGGAGCAGGACAGAUUGGAACACGAGCUAAAAUCGUACAAGAACAACCUAAUCAAGGAGUCUAUUAGGAUGGGCAACGAAGACCUCGGCCACUUCUUCUACGCUGUCGGUGACAACAGCAAUUCGCACAAGUCUUACAUGAAGAUGCGCGAAAGCUGCACCUCGAACAAGCACCUCGCCGAUAUGACGCUUCGUCUCGUAUACGUCAGCGUUGCCCAAAAAUCUUGGUUGACAGUACAGUCCAACCUUGCAAAGGUGGAUGCAGCACAACUGAAGGGCGAGGAUAAGACCAAGCUUGAACCUAUUGUGUCAGCUUGCACAGGCCUAGCACAUAUGUGCACUGGCAAUUUCAAGGAAGCUGCAACAAACUUUCUGGGGACAUCACCUGCUUUCCUGACGACCGACCCUGCUGCUGGUAUCACAUGGCAGAAGGAGGUACUCUCGGGCAACGAUGUGGCAGUCUAUGGUGGUCUUUGCGCGCUCGCAUCAAUGGAUCGUAGCGAGUUGCAGGCGAAGGUGCUCGGCAACAGCGAGUUCAGGAAUUUCCUCGAGCUCGAACCUCACAUCCGCCAAGCCAUCAACCUCUUCUGCAAUUCCAAGUACAGCGCGUGUCUCGACGUCCUCGAAGGCUAUCGCAGCGACUACUAUCUCGAUCUGUACCUGUCUAAGGUGCUCAAUACCAUCUACAGCCGUAUCCGAACCAAGAGCAUCGUCCAGUACUUCAUACCCUUCAGUUGCGUCACCCUUGACGAGAUGUCUUCAAAGUUCCCUGUUGCAGAGAGCGUUACGAUCGAAGAAGAAUUAGAGCGAAUGAUCAAUGAUAAGACACUCGAGGCACGAAUAGACCUCGUCGACCGGCUCCUGAUCUCACCACCGACAAACCCUCGCCACGAUGUCCACGCCGAUGCUCUGAAGAUGGCAGAGAUGUACGACCUCACACUCAGGCUGCGCCUGACACGCUUGAACAUGCAAGCUGCGGGCAUGGAGAUCAAGGCAGAUAAAGGCGCGAACGAAAAGAUGAAUGCUGGUAUGGGCGAACGUAUGAAUGAAGGUUUAAGGGGCUUGGGCUCAAAGUUGGGCUAUUCAUAGGAGGAAGGCCCACCUUCGGAGCCUAAGAAAGCAUCUGGCGAAUUCGGAUGUCGCAUCAGUUGAAGGCCAUGAUCGACGGAAAAUAACCUCCAUUUCAUCCAUUGAGCAUCUCGAUGAUCAACGAGCAUUCCAGGCGUUAGGCGUUCCAUGGUAAGGUGUAGAAGGCGAAGAUUAGCAACGGAAAUUGCGAGCAUGAGGAAUGAUUACAUGACAACGAGAGACGAGGUACGACCGGGGCGAUGACUUGAACAUGUUACAAUUGCCCAUAUCCGAGACGCAUUACCAACAAGCUCGCUAUCCAGUUUACCUUAAUCAGCAUCUGGUCCGCAUUUGGUGAUUACGGUAGCACAGAGCCAUGUCGAGGUAGUACUAUGUCUACCGCGCUGCUGAGAAUACACCAAGUGAUGACUCCUAGAUUCAUAGGAAU